AUGGCGACUAAGAACGGCUUCCUGCCGUUGAAGACGCCUCGUGAUUUCGCACAACCCUCCAUUUUUCGUUGUCUUCGUUAUGGAAAACUCCUACUGGGAGCCUUAUUGCUGGCAGCAGGCCUGGCGAUGUUGAUCCAAACCAAAUAUCUCGCCAACAGCAAUGCAUCCAAUAGUACUGGUCGAGAGACCUUUUACGAAGGUCUGAACAAAUGCCAUGAAGCUAGGUAUCAGUAUGAGGCACCUCAAUCAACAGAGGAUCGGGAAAACUCACGGUGGAACUCGGCCUCCGGCCAGAAAACACCAAUCCUGAUCCAAAAUGCCACGCUGUUCGAUGGCGAGGCCGUCCUUCCAGAGACAGUCGAUAUCACAUUCGAGGCAGGCGUGAUUCGUUCUAUAUCACCUGCAACCUUGAACUACCAAGCUCCUAAGGAUGCUCAAAUCGUCAACGCCUAUGGAAGAUUUGUCACCCCUGGAUUGGUGGAUAUGCAUUCUCAUCAUUUGUUACUCCCCUUCCCCCACCUUCCAUCUACCAGCGAUGUCAACGAGCGCCCAGUCCUAGGACCCAUCACUCCAUUUGUUCGGUCGUUGGAUGGAUUCAAGCCAUAUGACCCGGCGAUUCAGAUCAUCGCAUCGGGUGGUGUCACUUCUUCCUUGGUUCUACCAGGAUCGGCGAACAUUGUCGGCGGCGAAGCAUAUCUGGUAAAGAACUUGGCAACGCCAGGUCAAAAUUCCGAGCCGGUAGUCGAUGAAUUACUACUUGAUUACGGCAUCGCAGAAAAGGCCGAAAGAGAUACUUGA